AUGAGCGUAACUACUACUAAUGCCAGUAUCACUGGUACUGGUACUAGCACCACGAGUGGCUCCACCACAACUAAUAUGAUUAAAUCAAGAUCAAAUUCAAUCGAUAUUAAUAAAUUAUUAAUCUCAUCCUAUCUUUAUAAAAAAUCAUUAAAAUCAAAUCAAUGGAAACGAUAUUGGGUUGUAUUAAGAAAACUACAAUUAAAUUAUUAUAAUGAUUCAUCAGAACAUAAACCAAAAAGAGUUUAUAAUAUAAAAUUUAUUAAAUUUAUAUCAAUCUUAAAGUAUCAGAAUGAUGAAACUAGUUCUGAGUUAUAUCAAUUUUUAAUUUAUACAAAUGAUAAAAUCUUACAUUUUAAAGCUAAGGAUAAAUCGGAAUAUAAUGAUUGGAUUAAGAAUUUAAAGAUAUUAUUUGAUCAUGAUCAAUCUUAUAAUUUUCCUAUUGAAUAUAUAUCUGAAGAUAAUUUAAAUAAUCAUAAUCAUAAUCAUAAUAAUCAUAAUCAUGCUGGAGGUGAUACUCCUGAUGAUUCUUCAAAUGAAGAUCUCCCCUUUCAAUCCCAUCAUAGUUCAGAAUUAACCGCCAAUGAUAAAUUACAACAAUUAUCAAACCAAAAACAUCAUACAAAUGAUGAUGAUAAUAAUGAUGAAUAUCUUGUACAAACUGGAGAUUUAAAAUUAUCUAAUCAAUAUCAUCAUCAUCAUCAUAGAUUAAACUUAUUAAAAUGGAAGAAAGUAAAAAUCAUCCUUACCAAUAAAUUCGCUUACAUUUAUAAAUUAAAUCAUUUAAAUUUACUCUUAAAAUUAAAUCUUAAUGAUAUCCUUGAAGUUCUUGAACUUGAACCAAAAACUACUCAUCAUCAUCAUCAUCAAUCAUCAUCUGAUCUUGAAAGAAUAUUUAAAUUAUUAAUUAUAACUUCAAAUAAUCAUUACUUAUUCAGAAUCAAAUAUGAAAAUGAUUUAUUAAAUUGGUUAAGUUGUUUUAAAACUUUGGUAAAUGCACGUAGAUCAUCAUCCUCAACUUCUGUCUAA